CGCCGACAGCGCUGACAACGGCCGCUGCCUGAGCACAACUGAACUGAACUGCAUUUAAAAUGGUGCAACCGUCGAAUUCUGUGAGCGCCAAUAGCUCCGGCAAUAGCAAUAACAGCAGCAUUGAUAUUUCCUUGGUGUUUGACAUAGCACUGCUGAUAUUUAAGUUCUGGGUUGCGUUAAUCCAGUCGAUAGUUAAGACAUUUGUGCCACAAGAAAUCGAUAUCAAAGGCCAAACUGUACUGAUCACCAGCACUGGACAUGGCACUGGCAAGGAGCUCGCCCUAGAGUAUAGCUGGUAUUAUGCCCUGUCAUCCAAUUCUUGAACACACCGAGACUGAGAUUAGAACUAUGUUCGAUAUUAAUGUGCUGGCGCAUUUCUGGCUAGCGAGUCUGUCUAAAUACUCAUCGACUUAGUUCUUACAAUAUCCCUUAAGUUUCACGAGUCUGCUUGCGUAUAAUUCUUCCAUAACCUUGAUGUUUU